AUGGUGAAUUUCUAUCAAAAUCUGUAUCGUGAGCAGUUUGACUGGAGGCCAGAGUUGGAGGGGUUAGAUUUCUCUACUAUUACUGAAGAGGAUGCAAGCUUAUUAGAGAGAUCAUUUGGGGAGGAUGAGAUUACGGAGGUGGUGUUUAGCAUGAAUGAUGAUAAAGCACCAAGGCUGGAUGGAUUCUCAUUCUCAUUUUAUAAGGCUUGUAGGAAAGGGGUACGAUCGGACAUUGUGGAUGUCUUUACUUAUUUCUUUCAAUGUGGCAGGUUCUUGAGAAGUUCUAAUGCUACAUUUAUUGUGCUGAUUCCAAAAAAAUUGGGAGCAUCAGAUAUUAAAGAUUUUUGUUCGAUCACCUUAGUUAGCGAGGUGUACAAGAUUAUUGCAAAGCUGCUGGCUAACAAAUUAAAGAAGGUGUUGGAAAAAGUGGUGUCUAAAUUUCAGAAUGCCUUCAUCAAAGGGCGCCAGAUAUUGGAUUUUGUACUUAUAGAAAAUGAAUGCAUUGACUCGAGAUUGCAUAUAGGGAUUCCAGGGAUGUUAUGUAAACUUGAUAUUCAGAAAGUCUAUGAUCACGUAACUGGGGAUUCCUUUUAUAUAUGCUCAGGCGAUGUGGCUUCGGGGACAAGUGGUGCUGUUGGAUUCAUUUUUGUUAGAGGUUUGAGGCAAGGGAAUCCAUUGUCUCCAUUAUUGUUUGUCAUUGUUAUGGAGGCUUUAAGUGGUAUGCUUGAGAAAGCUAGGCUGAGCAAUUUAGGAACUUGUGCAGUCUGUUACUAUGCUUUGGGGAUCAUAGUUGGAGAUGUCGCUAAUGUGGAGGAGUUGGUGGCCAUAUUGGGUUGUAAGACUGCGCCACUGCCUAUGUCCUAUCUUGGGCUCCCAUUAGGAGCAUGGUUUAAAAACAUACACAUUUGGAAUAGUAUUGUGGAAAUGUUGGAGAGGAGCAAAAAGAUUAGAGAGGAUUCAAAGAGAGUUUCUAUGGGGAGGUUUAGGGGAAGAGAGGAAACUUCACUCGGUUAA